CUAGAGGAGGCUGACAGGAGAACUCAGCCCGGGAGCCCGGCGGAAGUCCUGCCCCGCUUGUCCGACCUCUGACACCAGGCACCAGUCUCCGGGCGGAAAUGCAUCUGUGGGCCAGUGUGCGCAUGCGCAUAAGGAAUAAACGUGUUUCUGAUCUUGUGAAUUUCAACCAUGUUGUCCAACGGCUUACAAAAAUUUCUAAAAGCCGCAGGCUCUCCUCCACAUCCAGCGUCAUGCUGUUGGUUAAUAAACAAACGCCAGUCUUCUGGAGUUCUGCCAGCAGCCACGUCGCGUAGGCGAGUUGUCAUCACAGGCAUCGGGCUGGUGACCCCACUUGGUGUUGGCACUCAGCUAGUUUGGGAGCGGCUUCUCCGAGGAGAGAGUGGGAUUGUUUCUGUCGUUGGUGACCAGUACAAGAGUAUUCCUUGCAGUGUGGCUGCUUAUGUGCCAAGAGGUACUGAGGAAGGUCAGUUCAAUGAACAAAACUUUGUGCCCAAAUCGGACACCAAGUCCAUGUCAUCUCCCACCAUCAUGGCCAUCGGGGCAGCAGAGUUGGCCCUGAAAGACUCCGGCUGGCAUCCGAAGUUAGAAGCAGAUCAGAUGGCGACUGGUGUUGCCAUUGGCAUGGGCAUGGUUCCUCUUGAAGUUGUUUCUGAAACGGCUUUGAUGUUUCAAACCAAAGGUUAUAAUAAAGUCAGCCCGUUCUUUGUCCCUAAGAUUUUGAUCAAUAUGGCUGCGGGACAGGUCAGCAUUCGCUAUAAACUCAAAGGCCCCAAUCACGCGGUGUCCACAGCCUGCACAACAGGAGCGCAUGCGGUGGGAGACUCCUUCAGAUUUAUAGCCCACGGCGAUGCAGAUGUGAUGGUGGCUGGGGGCACAGAUGCUUGCAUUAGUCCAUUAUCUCUUGCUGGGUUUUCUAGAGCCCGGGCUCUGAGCACAAACCCAGAUCCCAAGCUGGCCUGCCGACCGUUUCAUCCAGAGAGAGAUGGUUUUGUCAUGGGCGAGGGUGCUGCUGUGCUGGUGCUAGAAGAACAUGUGCAUGCUCUUCAGAGAGGUGCCCGGAUCUAUGCAGAAGUUCUGGGCUAUGGACUCUCAGGGGAUGCUGGUCACAUAACAGCCCCUGAUUCUGAAGGAGAAGGUGCCUUCAGAUGCAUGGCUGCUGCUGUAAAAGAUGCAGGUGUGUUGCCUGAACAGAUAUCCUAUGUCAAUGCACACGCCACCUCCACACCACUGGGUGAUGCUGCUGAAAACAGAGCCAUCAAGAGGCUCUUUAGAGAUCACGCCGGGGCCCUUGCUGUAUCCUCCACAAAGGGAGCCACCGGGCAUCUGCUGGGGGCUGCAGGGGCGGCUGAGGCAGCUUUUACCGCACUGGCUUGUUACCAUCAAAAACUCCCACCGACUUUAAACCUGGAUUGUACGGAGCCAGAAUUUGAUCUCAAUUACGUUCCUCUGGAGGCGCAGGAAUGGAAACCCGAGGGUCGGCGAAUUGGACUCACCAAUUCCUUUGGGUUUGGUGGUACUAACGCAACACUUUGUAUCGCUAGCAUGUAAACAUUGGCUUUUAAUUGUAUCAAAUUAAAUGUAUUUAAAUGUGUAAA